AGUAGCGGGAAUAGUUUAUCCGAAUAUCCAGUUACCAGUAUCCUAAUCAUCUUCCUAAUAUUUUUUAAACAUUUAAGUUAAAUUACAGGAGUAGUUGCAUGAAGGUUUAUCCUUGUUCAACAGUUAGGAUCUCAAAGUUGUAGUACAUGAAGUGAACAUUUAUCAUCAUGUACAUCUUACAUGACAUGGAGAAGUGAGUCCGGAAAAGUUCUUUUGCUCUCAUUCUGCUGUGGUAAAGCUGCUACAGAAGUUUUGUCAAAGUCUGGGAAGGAAGCUGUAUUAAUAUGUCCAGCAAUGGCUAAACCUCAGGUCCAGUACAGAGCCAUUAGCUGGUACAAGGUAUCUGCAAACGGUCUGAGUGGGAUACUACGCUGGGACAGAAAGCGCAGUGAAGUCCUGAUGUAUCAUGGCUUUACCCGGCCUGUACAGUGUCCCAUUUCAAACUGCCUCUCCUUGAGCCUGAGAAACCUGACCUGUGAGGAUGGCGGGGAGUACCGCUGCACCCUGUGGGCCCCACUGGGACACCAGAGUAGGGAAGGAACAGUCCACCUGAACAUUAAAGGUUGCACCACUGUGAAAUAUUUAGCACAGGAUGAAAUGCUGGCAUUAGCACCAUACUGUGUUGCUCUUUCAUUCUUAGUAAGUAUUUCUUCCACUUUCACUUUCACUGUAGUCACUGUGAAUUGGUGGCCUUGCCGUUAGUGUGUGUGUGUCUAUGUGUCAGUGACUGAGUGUGUGUGACUGGCACCACACCCAGGGUGUACCUUCCCUCACCUUCAUGCUUCCAGGAUAGGCUCUGGAGCACCACAACCUUGCUUUAGACAUGUAGCUGUUGAUAAUGAAUGGUUCUGAGAAUGGAGACAAGGAAUUUCAACAUGCUUCACAUUGACU